ACUGACCGCUAUGCCCUUAAACAGAAAGAGCAACACCCAAAUCAGAACAAAAUGGCCUGGGUAAGACCUUCAGUUGCUGAGAUGAACGCUUUUCUUGGACUCUGUUUCCAAAUGGGUGUUGAUAGGAAACCAUCUACUAAAAUGUACUGGUCAACUGAUCAUUUUUUGCAUACACCUGUAUUUCCGCAAACCAUGAGUCGUGACAGGUUCACACAGAUAAUGAGAUACCUCCACUUUUCAAACUCAGAGUUAGAACCAUUACCAGGUGCUGAAAAUUAUGACCCCUUGUUUAAAGUCAAACCAUUGGUAAAUCACUUCAAUGCCUGCUUCAACCAGGAGUAUAACCCUAAAAGAAAUGUCACUAUAGACGAGAGUAUGAUUCCGUUUAAAGGUAGAGUUCAGUUUCGACAAUACAUGCCAGCAAAGCCACAUAAAUGGGGAGUGAAGGUGUGGAUGCUAGCUGAGUCUCAAAGUAGCUACAUACAGUUCGUAGACAUAUAUCCAGGGAGACGUGCAACUCCUCAAUUACACCUCGCCAGUAAUGUUGUCAAAAGGUGUCUACAGGGAGCACAACUAGAGGGUAAAGGGUACCAUGUGUAUACUGAUAAUUAUUUUUCAAGUCCAGAGCUUUUUGUAGAUUUAUUUGAAAAUUAUGGUACAGCAGCGUGUGGAACAGUCCGAAUAAACCGUAGGGGACUACCCGUUGAUAUAAUUUGUAAACGACCAGAAGGCAUAAAUCAAUGUGGGGAUAUGAAGUUCCGCCAAAAAGGAUGUCUUGUAGCUUCAGCUUGGAAAGAUAAAAAAAUUGUAAAUGUCUUGUCAACUAUUCAUGACAACAGUACAUCUGAAGUGCAGAGACUAGUCAAUACAGAUGGCAAUUUCUCUAGGCAAAACUUUGUUUGUCCAAAAAUGGUUGCAGAUUAUACUAGUAAUAUGGGAGGUGUGGACCGUGCCGACCAGUAUAUCCAAUAUUACUGCUACAAUCACAAAAAAAUCAAAUGGAGUAAGAGGGUUUUCUUUGUACUACUGGAAAUGGCAAAAUUUAAUGCUUUUAAACUGUUUAUCAUGAGCAAAAACCAUCCAUCUUCAAUGACAUUCCUUGACUUUUCUUUAAAUAUUGCAAAAGGAUUAGUCGCAGGCUAUUCAUCUGACAUCCGCAGGGGAAGACCAUCACAAGUUCCACUUGAAAACAGACUUGUUCAGAGACAUAUGCCAUCUAGUUUCAACAAGAAGUCAAAAUGCCAUUUAUGCUACAUGAGGACAAAAAAUGGAAAUCAGGAGACGGUUAAACAAACCAAAUUUGGCUGUAAUGAUUGUGGAAAACAUCUGUGCCUGCCUGAAUGCUUUACCAAAUUCCACACUGUAAGGAAUUGUUACAACUGAUCAAGGAAGUGGAUAGAACUGUUUUGUUAAUGUUGACUGUUACUUUUAAGCUGUUUAGACGUCUGUUAAAGUUUUAAUUGUUGACUAGUUGUUUUAAAAAAAAACUGAACAUUUACCACAUAUAAACAAUCCUUAUACCCGAUAUCAAUUCAUGCAGGCAGGCCAGUGUUGACAUUCAAGCUAGAGGAUUUAUCUGUAAAUUUUUGUAAGUUAUAUAUGUUACAUUUUAAACAUAUAUUUUUGUAAAAAAUCAUAUG